AUGAUACCCCGGCGAGAAGAGCUUGUCGAACCAACGUCCAUCAGCCCGCGCGUCAGCGAUGUCUCUGACGAGAGUGCAUUUAUGCGAUCCCAAGACUAUCUCGACAGUCCCGCGACCGAAGCCAGCCAGUGGAUGGAUGGGAAGGAUAACAUGGGAGCAUGGUCAGCCAAGGUCAGACACGCCAUCGGUAUAGGAUUUCUGCUUGCGACCGUGUUUCUAUGGACUGCGAGUAAUUUUCUGGCAAGCACUAUUUUUGCAGACAACUCCUAUUCGAAACCCUACUUCGUAACCUACAUAAACACAUCCUUCUUCAUCCUCCCGCUACUACCUAUGCUCAUGCACUGCCUAUGGAGCGACUACCGCCAACCAAACACUGCGCGCCAGCUUCGACAGCCGUUUCUCACACACAUGUAUAAUCUCUUGCAACGACGAACAGGUAAAUGGACACUACUCCGCGAGCACGAAUCUAGCUCUUCCUUGGUACCUUCGCGCGAGUCCAGGAACGACGAAGCGACCGAAGUAUUGCUCUCAUCAUCAGCCCCGGGAUCCCUGAAUCUGGGUAGCGGAAAAGAUGUGGGACAUGCCACAGACGAAGGAUUAACAUUACACGAUACAUCCAAACUAGCUCUCGAGUUUUGCAUCCUAUGGUUUCUGGCAAAUUACUUUGCCGCAGCUUGUCUCAAGUACACGACCGUCGCUAGCUCCACCAUUCUGUCAUCCACAUCGAGCAUCUGGACGCUCCUGCUCGGUUCCAUAAUGCGCGUGGAGCGCUUCACCAUGCUCAAGCUCGUCGGUGUUCUCGCAUCCCUGAGUGGUGUCGCUCUGAUAUCCCUGGUUGAUGUAUCCGGCGACACGGACGAAAACCGGGGUACCUUUCCACACAAAACACCACGCGAACUGGCUAUUGGUGACGUCAUGGCAUUUGUCUCUGCAGUUCUCUACGGCUUCUACACGGUGUUUAUGAAGGCCAAAAUCGGUGACGAGACGAAAGUCAAUAUGCCGCUUUUCUUCGGGCUGGUGGGGUUGGCAAAUGUCGUGCUUCUCUGGCCUGGUUUCAUCAUCCUCCACCUUACAGGUAUUGAGGAGUUCGAACUUCCGCCUACGACGCGCAUUCUCAACAUUGUUCUUAUAAAUAGCGCAUCGUCGCUUGUGUCGGACUUUUGCUGGGCCUACGCCAUGUUCCUCACGUCUCCUCUCGUUGUUACCGUUGGUCUCAGCCUGACGAUUCCGUGUUCCUUGGUAGGCCAGAUGCUGCUGGAUUCGCAGUACGCGAGUGCUCUCUACUGGGUGGGUGCCGCCAUCAUGGUACUUUCAUUCCUCUUCAUCAAUCAUGAAGAUAGAAAGGAUGAGGUGCAGGGUCCAGCGGAUACGAGCGCACGCGGUAGUUUUCAGAGUGUGCGGCAAAGUUUGAGUCGGCGGAACUCCAGGUCGCAAGUUUGA